UUCUCCAAGUUUUGUCUCAAUGGCUCAGCUGCAACAACAACAACAACAACGUCUAAUCUCAAACCGUCCCAUCUCUCUUCUCAACCGGAACGGUCUCCUUCUCCUUCUCUUUCUAACUCUCUUUGUUAUUCUUGGUGUACUCUUACCUUUAACAAAGUCUCCUUUGUUCUUGUUUCCAAACACAACAUCUUCUUCUUCUAUUUCUCCUUCUUCUUCUUCUUUACCAUCGAUAUCCGAUUGGCGCGACUAUUCCCUUGAUCAAGCUGCUAAGUUUGUGGCCAAGAAUGAGACUGUGAUAGUCUGUGCUGUUAGCUAUCCUUUCUUGCCUUUUCUUAAUAACUGGUUGAUUAGUAUUUCUAGACAGAAGCAUCAAGAAAAAGUUCUUGUGAUUGCUGAAGAUUAUGCUACUCUUUACAAAGUCAACGAGAAGUGGCCUGGUCAUGCUGUUCUCAUUCCUCCAGCUUUGGAUCCUCAAUCUGCUCACAAAUUUGGUUCACAGGGUUUCUACAAUCUUACAUCUCGGAGGCCACAACAUCUCUUGAACAUUUUGGAGCUAGGUUACAAUGUUAUGUACAACGAUGUUGAUAUGGUCUGGUUACAAGAUCCAUUUGACUAUUUACAAGGAAGCCACGACGUAUACUUCAUGGAUGACAUGAUUGCCAUUAAGCCUUUGAAUCACUCCCAUGAUAUACCACCUUUAAGUCGAACCGGAGUGACUUAUGUAUGUAGUUGCAUGAUUUUCUUGCGUUCCACUGAUGGUGCAAAGCUUCUAAUGAAGAAAUGGGUUGAGGAGAUUCAAGCUCAACCUUGGAAUAACACCGAGGCAAAGAAACCACAUGAUCAGCCUGCUUUUAACCGGGCGCUUCACAAAACAAAGAAUCAAGUAGAUGCCUACUUGCUUCCACAAUCAGCUUUCCCAUCAGGAGGAUUGUACUUCAAGAAUGAGACAUGGGUUAAUGAGACAAUGGGGAAACAUGUCAUAGUCCACAAUAACUACAUUAUUGGUUACGACAAGAAGAUGAAACGUUUUCAAGAUUAUCAUCUAUGGCUAGUAGAUGAUCAUGCUCUUGAAUCCCCACUAGGAAUAUUAAAGAUAUAUCAAGAGCCAAACACUACUGAAGUGAAAAAUCAGAGGAAAAUAGUGAGAAAACAGAGGAAAAACAGGGGUAAAAAACAGAGGUUACCAUAGAGAGGACUUCAUUAGUACAACAAGUAUAGGAUCUCAAUGUUGUUGGGCAGAGAUUUUUUCAAAGUUACUAUUUCACUAGUAUCUUUUAUGUAUGGUAUGUUCAGUAAAAAUAUUCUAAUCUAUAUAAUAAUAACAAAGGACAUUUCUCAAAAAUUCUCUAAUAACAGUUUGCAAAAGAUCUUUCGGGAGGCGUACCCAAGAAAGAGUCUUCGAUUACAAUAAACAGAUGCGACAAACUGUAUCAUAUUCAAGGACAUCGCAAAUGUCCUGAGCAUCAAUUAAGAUGUGGCGUUUCCAGGGUUCUUGUCUAUAAAUGGCUUGUCUUCCCAUUUCUUGUAGUAAUUUGUGCAUCACUAUAUCUCCACUCCAUUGGUAGAUAUGUCUAUGAGAGAUCUAUGUACUAGGUUUAUCAACCCAUGUUCAAUAUCGAAAUUAUCGUCACCAAGCAUGGCUUUUACAUAAGCUUCAUCUUUGUAGUUGAAGAAGAUCGCGAUGUGAAGAAACAUAGCUUGAUCUUUUUCAUGUAUACUCUCAUAUCCAACUCUUAAAACUCUCUGGAGAUCUCCAUCAAGGCUAGUUUGUAAACUAUGCACUAUAUUUUUCCAUUCAUUUUCACUUUUCUCACGUAGAGUCAACCCACAACACGAAGUCCUAAUGGAAGAUUACUACAAAGCUCUAUUACUCUUAUUGCAAGCUUUUCAAAACCAUAAUGUGGUGAGCUUCGCCUAAAAGCUCUAUUACUCUUAUCUACAAAAGAUUCUUGACACUUUGUAGAAAACCGUCAUCACUAUUUGUUCCGAAGAAGCAUAGUUCUUUGUAUAGUUCUUGAAGAAGCAUAAUUCUUUGUAGAAAACCGUCAACACCAACUUGAAGAAGCAUAGUUCUCUGAGAGCAUCACCAUCAAGAUUCUCGAUUCUCUUAUCACCCGUGAGAGUUCAGAACUGAUGGUUUGGCUUCUCUCGAUCGCCUUAUCCUUGAAGGUUAUGAUCUCAUUGUGUUCAACCUGUUUUUGUAAAUGACUUAGAAAAGUUACACGGACGUGGAAGCUCGGGAAGACGUUGUAUCCCCAACUCCGAGAAGAA